AUGUCUGGCCGGAGGCUGCUGGACGCUAUCCAGUUCCUCAAUGUCUCCAAAUCUGUCGCCGCCAAACACCUGGCCAUCCGCCAGCACCAGCUCGAUGUCUAUACACGCACCUCGUCCCUGACCAAGGGCAUAAAGGACCGGACCGAGGGGCUGAUCUUGACCGCACAAGCCGCUGCCGCGUUGGCGCGUCGUUUCAACGACGAGCCCUCACCACCUCCGCCGAGCUCGCCUUCCCAGUCGCCGACAACGCACUCCCCCGAGCCAUCGGCGGACAAACCCGCUAGCCCUCGUCCGACCACCACGAUUACAACCUCCCCGGCCCCAGAUGAGGCUCGGAGACUGCAGCGUCAGGCGGAAUUCCAGAUUCCGGCCACGACCGCACAAUACCAGGGCAAUGAGAAGCCGGACAACCUGAACGUCAGUCCACAGCAGGACGUCUUUUAUCAACCUUCGCAGGAGAUCGCAUCGGACUUGUCCGCCCUGCCCCGAGUCAAGCUGCCAAAAGCUGUCGGGUCUACCCAAACAAGUGUGAACAAUGGCUUGAAUGCCGAUGUCUUCCACUCGGCGACGGGCCCAGAAAGGCAAGAGGCCCUCGCUGAGCAGCAAGAACUGUCGGAGGAGAUGAUGCAGAGUCUCUUCCAUAGUCCGAGAGUUUCUCGCAUGCUCGCGGGGAAGUCGGCGCCGGCGCCGGCGGGCCAGAGACAAUGGCCGCCGCCGGACAGAGACAGGCUUGUAGGGCAGCCAGGUCAGGCGACUGCAACACCAGAGCCUCAGACAAAGACUGCUGCCAAGUCGGAGGUCGAGGAGAUGGAGGAACUGGCAGCAAGUGUUGCAGAUGAUGUGGUGCCACCUGCUGCCGAGGUUGUGACAGGGGAGAAGCUCGCACCUUACCAGAUGAUGGAAUCCCGGGUACCGUCUUCUCGGCUUGGUAGAUUAUGGCAGUAUGGUGGACUGGCGACAUCAAUGGCAUUUGGCGCCGUCACCGAGACCGUUCGACGGGCCACCGGCAACCAAGACAGCGGCUCGAUCAUGUUCAGCGCCGGCAAUAUGGAAAGGCUCGUGGCCAAGCUGUCAAAGAUGCGCGGUGCUGCUCUCAAGCUGGGCCAAAUGUUGAGCAUCCAGGAUUCCAACAUGCUGCCCGAGCCAAUCCAGCAAGUGCUCCAGCGUGUCCAAGACCGCGCCGACUACAUGCCCGCAUCGCAGCGCGACAAAGUCCUGGCCGACAACCUGGGUCCUAACUGGCGGGACCUUUUCACGUCCUUCGACGAGAUUCCGAUGGCCGCCGCCUCUAUUGGCCAGGUCCACGCCGCCGUCCUCAAACGUACCGGCAAACCAGUCGCCGUAAAGGUUCAGUAUCCCGGUGUGGCCGACUCCAUUGACUCCGACCUGAGCAACCUCUCCAUCCUCCUCACAGCGUCCCGCCUCCUCCCCCGCGGCCUCUAUCUCGACAAGACUAUCGCCAAUGCCCGUACCGAACUCGCCUGGGAAUGUGACUACCUCCGCGAAGCCGAGUGCGGCGCUCGCUUUCGCGAACUCCUCCGUGACGAUCCUGUCUUCGUCGUCCCAGAAGUCAUGCCCGAAGCAUCGGGCAAGCAAGUCCUCACCAUGGAAAUGCUAGAAGGCGUAGCAGUCACCAAAAUUCAAGAUUUCACCCAAGAGCAGCGCGACUGGAUCGGCACCCAGAUCAUGCGCCUGUGCCUCCGCGAGAUCGCCGAGUUCCGCUAUAUGCAGACCGACCCCAACUGGACCAACUUCCUCUACAACGCGCGCACAAACCGCCUCGAGCUGCUCGACUUUGGUGCCUCGCGCGAGUACCCACAAGACUUCAUCGCCAUGUACGUGCGUACGCUCGUCGCUGCCUCCCGCAACGACCGCGCCGCCUGCCACGACCUCUCCGUCCAACUGGGAUACCUCACCGGCAUGGAGUCGCAGGCCAUGGCUGACGCGCACGUCUCAUCUAUUGUUACCAUUGCUGAGCCCUUUAUGCUCUCCUCGCCGGACCUGUAUGACUUCCGGAACCAGACGAUUACCGACCGUGUGCGUGCGUUGAUCCCGCUGAUGAUCCGCGAGCGUCUGGCGCCGCCGCCGGAGGAGACGUACUCGCUGCACCGCAAACUAAGUGGUGCGUUCUUGCUGUGUGCUCGGCUGGGAAGUCGUGUGCCUUGUAAGGAGCUUUUUGUGGAGGCUGUUCGCAAGGGUCAGGCGAAUGGGUUGGAUCUUGGCGAGCAGAAAUAG